AUGCAUGCAUUAUUUAUGUGGUGGUGGCGGCGAAAAUCACCGUACCGUCGCCCCGAGUUCAAGCAGCCGGUCGGAAAACGUGAACAGCCGAAAGUCAACGAACCGGGAGCUGUAAAGCCAACGCUGUACUUUAACGCUGACCGGCGACCGGCGACCGACGACAGGCGAAUGACGACGUUCGUAAUAACGGAACCGAUAUGCAGGUCAAAGGAUUAA